ACGGUUUGAACGAUGUUCACGGCAGAUCGACGGUAGACAUGUUCGGCAAGAUAGUUUUGAUCCUUUCGGCUUUGGCUUUGGUUAGGGGCCAGAUACCUAGCCUGGGUUUCUGCCCAGAUUACAUACCGAUGGCCAACUUUGACAUGAACAAGUUUCUAGGUAUCUGGUUUGAAGCUGAAAGGUACUUCCAACUGACAGAAGUAGUAUCGCGAUGCGUAAUGGUAAAUUAUUCGCUGGGUUCUGAUGGUAAAUUUCGUGUCACCAAUGAAGUUACAAAUAGAUUCACGGGAAUCAAAAGAGUAUUAGAGGGUGAGAUCAAGAAAGCUGCCUCAAAAGCCGAAGAAGGAAAACUUACUGUGAAAUAUUCAUUGCCAUUGAGUCCUGAAACUAAGUAUUCAGUGCUUGAAACAGAUUACGAUAAUUAUGCGGUUCUGUGGAGUUGUUCUGGUAUUGGUCCAUUCCGCACACAAAAUGCCUGGGUUAUGACAAGAGAGAGACAAGCACCAGGAACAGUCUUACAAAAGGCAUACGCAGUCCUGGACAAAUACCAGAUAUCCAAAAUGUUCUUCGUAAAAACAGACCAAGAAGACUGCGCCUACUUAGAAGCGUCAGCAGCACAAAACGAUCAGACUUCCGAAGAAGCUCCACAGAGAGACACCGAAAACGUCAGAACCGCUUUAACAUCAGACGCAGCAGAAGCUACGCUCGAAAUGAAGAACACAAAAGAAAACGAGAAGCAACCACAAAUCAUCGAAAAUCCGAAGAAGAAACCUAUUAACACAGUUCCCGAACGAAUCAUGGAAGUGGCUGACACUGUGCAACAAGAUGCGCCAAUGAACGGCGAAAAAAUAAAAAAUGAGAAUAUCAGCGAGGCUACGUCAGAGAAAAUGGAUGAAAAUGUGAAACAAGCGGGCACCACCGCGUGAAAAUGAAACGUAAAGAUGAGAAUUUCAAUUCAUUUCAUUGGGGAGAUAUCGUGUAGAUUAGUUGAGUCUCGGGCUUGUACUCGGUUUUGUUCUGUCGAAACCAGACUCGCCUGAGUUUCGCGUUCAUUAUCCAUCGCACUUUAAAAAAGGACUGCCACUUUCAUGAUUCACAGAGGGAUAGGAGGGGUAUUUGUUUUUACUCAUGUACAAAUGUAAAAAAGAAAAAAAAAGAAAACAAAGUUUAAAUAAAUUGUUACAUAAAACACUGCUGUGAAA